AGAUGAGUACAGAGCUCAAUUCCGACGAACUUGUCGGAAACAAUCACAUCGCAUUCCUCCGAGUCACCAGGAACCAAUCUCCCAUCAGAAGAAUCGAAUCCAUCAAUUCUCGGAUCUCUCUCUCUCUCUCUCCUUUAUUCUCCUAUACUUCCCAUUCAAAGCAAGCUUCUUUACAGAACUAGGGUAAGAAAAACCCUUGAGGAGCUCAAUGGAUACAGCGACGCAGCCACCACAAGGACAGCCGCCUCCAGUGGCUGAGAAGCUGAAUCCGGAACUUGUACAGCUUCUGAAUCUAGAGUCUGUAAAGACACGAGCCGAUAGCUUGUUCAAGGCAAUUUCUCGGAUCCUUGAAGAUUUCGACGCUUAUGGUCGAACCAACACUAGUCCUAAAUGGCAGGACAUUCUAGGGCAAUAUUCCAUGGUGAAUCUCGAGCUCUUUAACAUUGUGGAAGAGGUGAAGAAAGUCUCCAAGGCCUUUGUUGUGCUUCCAAAGAACGUCAAUGCCGAGAAUGCUCAAAUUUUACCGGUUAUGUUGUCUUCCAAGUUACUUCCGGAGAUGGAAGCUGAUGACAACGUCAAGAGAGAGCAGUUGCUUCAAGGCGUUCAGAAUUUGCCUGUGCCAAUGCAGAUUGAAAAGCUAAAGGAGAGGAUGACCUUGAUUGCACAAGCUUGUGAAAAUGCUGAGAAAACUUUAGCUGAUACUCGUAAAGCCUAUGGAUUCGGCGCACGUCAAGGCCCAUCUAUGCUUCCAACUAUGGACAAAGUUCAAGUUGCAAAGAUUCAGGAGCAGGAGAGCAUGCUUCGAGCUGCUGUAAAUGACGGCGCAGGAACAAGGCUGCCUCCAGACCAGAGACAGAUAACCACUGCACUUCCACCACAUCUGGUAGAUGUGCUAUUCGUCAAUGAUGCAGGCAAGAAUGCAUUACCUGUGGCAUCAAACAACAUCAACAGUCAAGGGAAUAUGAUGCAGGUCUCUGGAACACAAUUUAUGGGAAGAACAGCUGCAUCUCCAUCUAAUGCAAACUUUGAUACCACAAGAUCUCCCUUGCCAUAUUCCAAUUCUCCUCAAUCCGCGGGUAUGCUUAAUGCCCCUUCGCCUCAGCAACAACAACAGCAGCAGCAAAGGUCGAAGCUAAUGCAGUUGCCUCAACAUCAACAUCAACAGCAACUACUUGCACAACAACAACAGCUCAGGCAAUCUUCUAUGCAACAGAGUCAGAUGCCAUCACUCCAUGAUUUGCAAGCUCAGCAGAAGUUUCAGUCGUUACAUGGGCAGCAACAUCAAAUGCCAUAUUCUCAGUCAAUGGGACACCAACAAUACCAAGCGAGACAGCUAUCAGGUGGACAUAUUCAGCAUGGCAUGUCUCAAGGACAGCUCAAUCCAGCGAUGUUGAACCGUCAGUUGAACCAGUUUUCAGGUGGAGCGAAUAGUGCAAUGUUUACAUCUGCACAAGGCUCCCCAAGUAGCCAGAUGAUACCAAACAUGUCGUCUAUGCAAUCUCAGACACUUAAUCCUAGAAUGCAGCAGUAUGGAGUUUCGGGUACCAAUGCUCAAAGAGGCCAUGCGUCUCAAAUGUUGGGUGACCAGAUGUUUAACAACAGCGGAAUGAUGCAAACUCAACAGUCGCAGCAACCACAACAGCAACAACAGCAGCAGCAACAGCAAGGAGGCUAUGGAAAUAUGCAAACCAAUCAGCAGAAUCUACAGCCUAACAUGUUGCAGAAUCCACAACAAAGACACCAAAACCCUCAAUAAAACUCCCCCUUUUGUAUGACUUGGGCUUGUAAUAGGAACCCUUUUCCGACUUGUGGUUAUAACUUAUAACGUACCAGUACGGGCCUGGCGCAUUAUUUACUUCAAACAAGGUUUAUGUUGAUGGGUGAAGAAUCCUUUUGGUC